AAGGAGAACGGUAUUUUUAAUCACAAAAAUUCUAUGUUACUGAUGAAGCAACUUUUAACUGACUGAUGUUUAUGGCGCGAGAUUGUUGCAUAUUUGAUUUUUCAAAAUUUCAAAAUGGCGCGUUCGAUUGAUUGUUACGGUUAGACAAGCAGACUGUAGACUCCGUGAAAUCGCGAUGUAUAUAUUGCGAAAAUAUCGAAGUAUCGACGGAUUAGCGAAAAGAGCGCUACUCUCCACCGUUAACUAGUAGGGAGAAGCAUAUCACUGUCAGUAGCGAAGAAAGAAGAUCAGUUGGUAGAAAGAAAGAAAACAUAGUAAGAGUAGGGUGAUCAUACUCCUCCGUAUGACAGACGGGGCUGUCAUAUUCUACCAAAGUGUACAUUUAUCCCCGAAACUUUCAAAGACAUUAGUACAACAAUGGCGAUGGGCAAAGGGUUUCGCGUCUACGAAAAGUUAAAACCACCUAGUCCUCAUUCACUUAUAUUGGAACAACGAAAUCGAAAGGAAACUGUUCUUUUCGAAUCACAGGCAGUCGCUGUUCUUUCUGCUGAAGAAACAGACACUUUGAAAGGGAAAUAUACAAAAUUAUUAGAUGCAUAUGGAUGCUUAGGCGUAUUGCAGUUAAAUGCAGGUGAAAAUACUUUAUUAUAUCUUGUUCUUGUGACUGGCUGUUUUUCAGUUGGCAAAAUAGGAGAGUCCGAAGUAUUUAGAAUUACACAGACUCAUUUUGUACCACUUCAUUAUACACAAAGUAACGAGGAUCGUGUAUCUGAAGUUAGAAAAGUUCUCAACUCUGGUACAUUUUAUUUUUCUUGGUCUUCUAAUCAAGAGCCUCUUGAUAUUACCCUUAGUGCACAGAGGAGAUGCAAAUCUACAACAACUGACAAUAGAUUCUUUUGGAAUCGGAUGUUACACAUACAUUUAUUAAGAUAUGGUGUGGAUACAUCCCAUUGGUUACUUAAAGCAAUGUGUGGUAGUGUAGAAAUUCGAACUGUAUAUGUUGGUCAUAGACAAGCUCGUGCUGUCCUCAUGUCUAGAUUAAGUUGUGAACGGGCAGGCACAAGGUUUAAUGUCAGAGGAACUAAUGAUGAUGGUCAUGUAGCAAAUUUUGUAGAAACAGAGCAAGUAAUAUAUUUAGAUAAUGAAGUAACCUCUUAUGUGCAAACCAGGGGAUCAGUUCCUUUAUUCUGGGAACAGCCUGGCAUACAGGUUGGUUCUCACAAAGUGAAAAUUUCUCGUGGUUCUGAAGCUUCUGCACCAGCCUUUAAUAGACAUUUGAAUAUGAUUAAACAAAGGUAUGGCCAGCAAGUAAUUAUCAAUCUUCUUGGAUCUAGUCUGAUUGGGAGUAAAGAAGGAGAAGCAAUGUUAAGUCAGUUAUUCCAAACUCAUCAUAAUAUGUCAGAACAUACUGAUGUACCUCAUAUUCUAUUUGAUUACCACCAAGAAUGCAGAGGUGGAAAUAUGAAAAACCUUUCAAAGUUGAAAACAAAAGUAGAUAAAUAUUUAGAAUCAUUUUCCUUGUUUUAUGCGGCUGGUAAUACUGUCAUUCUUGAACAAACUGGGACUAUUAGAACAAAUUGUCUCGAUUGUUUAGAUAGAACAAAUUGUGUACAAACAUUUUUUGCAUUGGAGAUACUUAGCAAACAACUUGGAUUAUUAAAGUUACUUGAAAAACAGCAGAUGGUUUCAAGAUUUGAAGAAGUAUUUAGACAAAUGUGGAUCAACAAUGGUAAUGAAGUAAGUAAAAUAUAUGCUGGUACUGGAGCAAUUCAAGGAAGUUCAAAAUUAAUGGAUGGUGCAAGAUCUGCAGCUAGAACAAUACAAAAUAAUUUAUUAGACUCCAGUAAACAAGAAGCUAUUGACAUUUUGUUAUUGGGAUCAACUUUAAAUACUGAAUUAGCGGAUAGAGCUCGAUUACUUUUACCUUCAAAUAUGCUACACGCUCCACCGAGCGUUCUCAGAGAAAUGUGUAAAAGAUAUAAUGAGUAUGUAGCUACAAUGAAUCUCAGAGUAAGUGUUGGUACCUACAACGUUAAUGGAGGGAAACACUUCCGAAGUGUCGUGUACAAAGAUGUGUCUCUUUCUGAUUGGUUACUAGAUGCUCCACGAAAAUCAUCAUCUCUAGUAUCAGUUGAAUAUGACAAUAUUCCUGUAGAUAUAUUUGCGAUAGGAUUCGAAGAAAUCGUUGACUUGAAUGCUAGUAACAUAAUGGCUGCUAGUACUGAUAAUGCAAAAGCUUGGGCAGAGGAAUUGCAAAAAGUACUUUCUCGGGAUACUGAAUAUGUUUUAGUCACAUAUCAACAAUUAGUCGGUGUUUGUCUUUAUUUAUUCAUACGACCUGAGCAUGCACCUUAUUUAAGAGAUGUAGCUGUAGAUUGUGUAAAAACUGGUUUGGGAGGUGCAACAGGAAAUAAAGGAGCUGCUGCUAUUAGAUGCGUAUUGUAUUCCACAUCCUUUUGUUUUGUUUGUGCACAUUUUGCUGCUGGUCAAUCUCAAGUGAAUGAACGCAAUGCAGAUUAUGCGGAAAUUACGCGAAAAAUUACCUUCCCUAUGGGAAGAACAUUAAAUACUCACGAUUACGUAUUUUGGUGUGGAGAUUUCAAUUACAGGGUUGAUAUGGAUAAGGAUGAGAUGAAAGAAAUGAUCAAAAGAAACGAGUUUGAUCAAAUAUUACAAUAUGAUCAGUUGAAGGUUCAACAGGAGCAAGGAAAUGUUUUCAAAAACUUUUUGGAAGGUCCUAUUAACUUUGCUCCAACAUACAAGUAUGAUCUUUUUUCUGGUGACUAUGAUACUAGUGAAAAAUGUCGACAGCCUGCUUGGACGGAUAGAGUAUUGUGGAAACGUCGAAAACAAGUACCUGACAUCGAUUCCCCUACAGAUUGGAAUCCAGGAAAAUUAAUUCAUUAUGGCAGAGCAGAAUUGAAACAAAGUGAUCAUCGGCCGGUUAUUGCCAUUAUAGAUAUAGAUAUUCAUUGCGUUGAAUCUGAAAAGCGCGAACGAGUAUUCAAGGAAGUGAUUCAAGAUUUGGGUCCACCUGAUGGCACUAUAGUAGUUAAAGCAGUUGAAGAAUCGGAUGAUAUGGACAGCGUGUUCGAUGAAAAUUUCAUGAUGGCUCUAUUGCAAGAUUUCUCUCAUAUUGGCGAAGUAAUCCUUGUCAGAUUUGUCGGUGAAACAAUCUGGGUAACAUUUAGAGAUGGACAAUGUGCUUUGUCAGCAGCAAGAAAAGGUAUGACUCAAGUAUGUGGUCAAGCCUUGAAAUUAUCAUUGAAAUCUCCAAACUGGGUACAACUAAUUGAAAAAGAAAUAGAACUUUGCAGUAAUACCACAGUUGCACAGUUUGUUUCAAAUUCUCCAAUGAGGAGCCCUAUGCAAAGAUUAGAACAAUUAGACAUAGGAGAACGAUCAUCCCCUAGUAGAGGUAGUCCAAAUGGAGUAAUUCCUCCACCCAGACCAGCUCCACCAGGGCGUCCAACUCAACCUCCAAAAAGUCCAGUACAAGAUCGAAAACAAGGACCACGAGCUGGUGUAUUUAGCGUGUUGCCCAAUCAAUAUCCAGCACCUUUAGCCAGAGAAAGAGAAUUUGACCAAAGUGAAAGGUUAUCUCCGGAAUCUGCAAUUUAUGAAGAAAUAAUGGAUGGAUCACCUAACUACCCCAUACCAAACCGUCCACCACCUCCAUUACCUCGUACGGAUCUUUCGCAAGAACCUAGUAGGCCACCCAAUUCUAAACCACCUCCACUACCUCAAAGACAAGCUCCUCCUCCUCCUCAACAUCCACCACCUAGUUUACCCGCGUCAAAUGCUCCACCACCAAUACCGGCAAGAACAUCAGGUGGACCACCCAUUCCAGCUAGAAAUCCACAUUAAACAGUGGUCUAUAUAAUUUCGGAAUUGACUCGUUAUGUGUCAUUGUGUAGCUAAUUAUUUAUAAAUAUAGAUAGAGAUUAAAAACAGAAUAGAUUGCUUCUAUGUAAUGUACAGCUGUGUAGCAUACUAUAAAUCUCAAGUCUAUUCUGGUUAGUCAAAUUCAGUUUUCAGACACUGUAAGAAUUUAUGCUUCCUGUCGUGCAUUUCCUUAUUAUACUUUACAUAUAAACAAAUCUGUUAAAUACCUCAAAGAUUUGAUUAUACAUAUAGGAGGGAGCCCCAGUUUUUUUCUGUAAAACUUUACCAGCAUAUUCUAUAAGUAAAAAUAAGAAAAAGAUGUUGUACAAAUAUAUGCUCCUAAAUGUUUUAUUAAAACAAGCUAUAACACAAAUACGAAAUGGUAAUAGACUGCUUUCUUGUUUGAUACCACAUAGGAAUAGAUUGUUGGUUCACAUUAUAAUUCCAUUUCAAAAUGUCGUUCGUUAUUAUGAAUACAGGAUUGGUAUCUUCAGAAAAUAGAAUCUAUUGCAUUACUCAUUUCUUGUUCAUUUUUCUUAAUUGCAACAAAUAAAUCACGAAUCCUUUGCAUUAACCCCUGACACCUAUUAAUUUGUAUUUAAUAAACUUUUUCUUUCAUAGUUCUCCACAAGUAAAAAUCCAUUGGCGUGCAGCAAUGUUCUUAUGUUGUGUUGACGAAAUACCAGUUCGUUAUCAUUUCAUAUGUUUAUUAUAAUUAAUUAAUUUAAUUAAUCUUGCUUAUAGCAUAUGUUGGUAAAUUUUUGCGGAAAAAAGCUGAAUCACCCUGUAUAUCAUAGAACAUAUACAGAGUUUAAAAAUGUACCCAGUUUAAAUACUUCUUAAUGAUCGUUAAAACAAAUAAACUAAUAAUUAUGUUAAUGAAA